GAAUCUGAGCUGUUUUUUUGGGUGGUAGGGGUGCAGUUUCAAUUUUGAGCUGACGUUGUGGGAAUCUUUCACCCCAUGUUAUGGGAGUAGUUCACUACUCUCUUCACAAGAUACAUUUCACUCUACCCUCUAAUGGGCUGCGAGAACUGCAUCCUCUCCCCGCACUCAUCCUUUACCACAACGAUUCCUCGGCCCUUCAAACAUCGACGCUUCUCCCAAAAAGCAAUCUCUUGCUGUGUUUAUCAACCCACCAAUGCAACCACUCACAAGGUCCGUCGCUGGUACAACCCCGAGAGACGGCGACGACUCAAUCAGCCGGAGAUUUUACGCCAUUGGAUCGAAGCCGAAUCUCCAUCUCUUUCUGAUUCCGGAGAGAGAUUCAUGGCUGUGUCCUAUAACAUAUUGGGAGACAAGAAUGCCUCGAAACACAGAGACCUGUAUUCACAGAUUCCUUCUUAUUACAUGAACUGGGAGCGUCGUAAGAGGCUUAUCUGUGAGGAGCUCCUUGGGUUGGCCCCUGAUAUAAUCUGUCUGCAGGAGGUGGACCGGUACCAUGAUCUUGUAAGUAUCAUGGAGAAAGAAGGAUAUAAUGGUUCUUACAAGCGGCGAACGGGAGACUCAGUUGAUGGUUGUGCUAUGCUUUGGAAAGUAGAUACGUUUCGAUUAUUGGAGGAAGAAAGCAUUGAGUUUAAGGGGUUUGGUCUUCGUGAUAAUGUUGCCCAACUCUCUGUUUUUGAGAUGUGUAGGGAUGAAUCAAGAAGGGUAUUGGUUGGGAACAUCCAUGUGCUUUUUAACCCAAGCCGAGGAGAAAUUAAGUUAGCACAAAUUCGUUUACUCUUGUCAAGGGCAAAUUCCCUCUCUGGGAAAUGGGGUAAUGUUCCUAUAGUGAUUGCCGGAGAUUUCAACAGCACUCCUCAGAGUGCAAUCUACAAAUUCUUAUCAUCAUCAGAGCUUGAUAUCACAUUAUAUGAGAGCAGAAAUUUAUCUGGGCAAAGGAACUGUCAUCCUGCCCAAUUUGCAGGCAUUGAAAGCCAAAUAAGGAGUACACUUACUUUAAUGGACGGAUUAUUGAAUAAUUUCUGGAACAAUGAAAAGGUAACAAUUGCAACUGGUAGUCCCAAUGUCACUGUAGUUGGACAUCCUUUGAAGCUGAAGAGCUCUUAUGCCAGUCUGAAGGCAUCUUCAAGGACAAGGGGUUUCUGUGGUGAGCCAUUGGCUACUUCCUAUCACUCCAAUUUUCUUGGAACUGUAGACUAUCUCUGGUACACUGAGGGACUCAUCCCUACAAGAGUUCUAGACAUUCCACCCAUUUAUAUUCUGCGGAAAACAGGUGGCCUUCCAUACAAGAGAUUGGGUAGCGAUCAUUUGGCCUUGGCUACUGAAUUUGCCUUCCACAGAGUAGAAGAGAAGAUGAAACCAAUGCAGAAGAAAGAACCACCACAGAAGUAGUAGAAGAACCAAAACAAGAGAUAGAACAACCAUAAAAGCAUCCACAACAGCAUCCUGAGAAGAUAUCAAUACAUCGGUUGUGGAACCUCAAGGUUCAUGAGGGCAUGGAUGGACUAGAAAAGAGAAAAAGAGGUUGUUCGAAGGUUUUUGCAGCCAAAGCAAGCACCCUUGGUGGAAGCAAUAAGAAGAUACCCAUCUAUGGCUAUUGUGUUUUUUACAUUGAUGGGUCUUAAUAUACCCGUAGAGUGCAAGAUUUCUCAGAUAACUGCCAGAGUACCAGUCCUCUGGGGCUCAGAAUCCAUGCCAGCGCCAUAUCUGAUGUUGAUGAUCCCAACUUGCAUGAGCCCCAGAUAGAUCAGUUGGGUCAGUGUCAAAAUUAUGAUGAACAGCUCUUGCAUAUGCUGCAAUUCGACAAGUAAGGUCAUUGGAGAUCAUCACAUGAAAACUUGACCCAAAUGACAAGAAUGUUUCAUCCAUAUAUAGUUUGUAUUACCAGGCAUCUCCCUCUGUGCCCUCCUAAGUUAUCUCCUUGCAUGAAAGACUGUUAAACAAUAAGAAAGCAAAACAGAAGAUCUGAUAAUCACUUAUUGCAGCUA